GAAGAAGUCUUCUUCAGAGUGAAACGUGAAAUAGCCUAAUGCGCAAUCUUCCUAUGAGUGCAGGGAGCAAGCGCAUGGAUAAAUAUAGCCCACUGCUUUAUAUGGUCAAGAUAGAGCUCACAUCUGCGGGCUGCGCUCUUUGCUUACCACAGGGGAAAACACAGUUUCCCAUCAAAAUGUCCCAGGCAGUGUACUAAUUAAAAAUAAAUGCACUUAGCUUAUUUACAGAAACAUUUAAUAAAUGAUCCGUUUUAAAAUAUUUGGUUGCUCAAAGUGCAUUUCCCCUUUUGUUUAAGUACAUGGCAGGAAAACUAUGUAAAGAAUUUAGAUUUAGGCAUUUAAAGGUCUCGACUUGCUUAGGAGAAAAAAACACUUUAGAUCCUCAUAUAAUCAUUUUUAUUUCACGAUAAACAAUGGCGACGAUCAACUUUAAGUGGAGACACUUUGUUCACAAGAGUCAAUCAGAGGAAUCAAUUUGUAGUGUGGCUUAUAAAUUGCCUCCAGGAAAACCCGUUGUAAUAAUCCUUUAAUUGGAUUCCCCCGGGGAGUUAGGCUACAGUGUGACUACUUUAUAUUCUAGUGGGUUUUAGCCUAUCACACUUGAUGCUUUAUUCCCUAUAGGCCUAGAUACUGCUGCAGUUUUUUCCCUUAAUAUUCCCAUAGGAACGUUUGUAUGGCUGUAGUGCUCACGUGAAAUUAACUACUACUCAGUAUUUUAUGGCCUUGUUUUUUCCCUUUCAUAUUCUUGAAAGGAUUUUCUGUGAUAUUUGCGAAGUCUAAAACGUAGCCUGUAAUUACUGUAUUCAAUGAAGACUUAUUGAAUGGCCUGGUAGUCUCGAAAUAUUUUACUGCCAUGUGUAUUGCUCACAGAUGACCCGCAGAGUGCGCUGUGUCUCUGUCAGCUCGCUACAAGCGUGAUUAUGACUGGGUGUGUUUUUGUCAUUAAAAAUGAAUUGUUAUUUUGAAUCAAUUAAAUUUCACAUUUUAUUAUUGUAUGGGGCAAUGCAGCAGAUUUUCACAAUGUAACGUUUUGCACAACCCUGCAGGAUACUUAUUUGUUUAGGUCUAUUUUGAAAUCAGAGGUACUUCCUGAACAAGCAGGCAUUGCAGAGCGCGUCUCCACGAAGCUUGCGCACCGUCCAGUCUAUCUUCACGCAGCUUUCAGCACAAUCAAGGACGUCAUCUUGCUGCUUGACAAUUUCUCGGAAAUUGUGCUGCAGCUCAUAGACUAGUCUUUACAAAAAAAAAGGGAAAAAAAGUUGUACAGUAAACAAUGGCCGGAGCUACAUCGCUGGAGGCAGUCAAACGAAAGAUCAAAUUCUUGCAAGAGCAGGCGGACGGUGCUGAGGACAGAGCCGAGAGAUUACAGAGGGAGUUGCUUGCGGAGAGGAAAGCCAGGGAACAAGCUGAGGGAGAUGUCGCUUCCCUUAACAGACGUAUCCAGCUGGUUGAGGAGGAGUUGGAUCGUGCUCAGGAGCGUCUGGCAACUGCCCUGACCAAGCUGGAGGAAGCUGAGAAGGCUGCUGAUGAGAGCGAGAGAGGCAUGAAGGUUAUUGAGAACAGGGCCAUGAAGGAUGAGGAGAAGAUGGAGCUGCAGGAGAUCCAGCUGAAAGAGGCCAAGCACAUCGCUGAGGAGGCUGACCGCAAAUAUGAGGAGGUGGCCCGUAAGCUGGUCAUCAUUGAGGGUGACCUGGAGCGUACAGAGGAGCGCGCUGAGCUGUCAGAAGGAAGAGUUCGAAGAGCUGAGGAUGAGCUAAGGGUUUUGGAGCAAGGCAUGAAAUCACUAAACUCCUCAGUCACACAGUACUCACAGAAGGAGGACAAGUAUGAGGAGGAGAUCAAGGUCCUCACCGACAAGCUGAAGGAGGCUGAGACUCGUGCUGAGUUCGCUGAGAGAUCAGUAGCCAAGCUUGAGAAGACCAUUGAUGACUUGGAAGAUGAGUUGUAUGCCCAGAAACUGAAGUACAAGGCCAUCAGCGAGGAGCUGGACCACGCCCUCAACGACAUGACUUCCAUGUAAUUUUCAACUUGCUGCACCUGCUUGUUCCGUCGUCACCCUCUCUUCCCCUUGCACCUCUCUUCCCCGUACAACAGCUGCCUCACCUCCAUCGUCUCCCUUAUAUUUCCUCGUACCUAUCAUCUAGUACAUCUAACUCUUGUAUCUGUUCCUGCACUUAAAAUAGUUAUGCAGCUAUGUUUUUAUAUACUCCUAGUUUAAUGUCUUAAAACAGACAUUGUGGUAUUCUGUGUCUGCAUAAUUGAAGCCCACUUGCAAUAAUUCCAGCUCACUUUAAGUGGUUUCCUCUCACACUUCUUUAGUAGUGUGUUUAUGAUACUUUAUGAUACCUUUGUAUCAGUAUCACUGGUGUUUGAGAACACUGUAAACAGGACUGAAGUAAUCUUAUGCAUGAACAAAAGUAAGAGUCUCUGUUUACAUUUCUUAGUUGGUUCAAUUGCGAAUUAUAUUACUUUUUUUGUGAAAAGUAAUGACAAGUAAUUUGUCAGUCAAUUUCGAUUUCAGAGUCGAUUUCAAAAUAUUCAUGAUAUUUUCAAAUUAUAUUGUGAUAUCCUAAGCAACACAUGCAAGUUGUCUAUUGAAAUGUUGUAGACUGUGUUACGAAAGCAUUUCAAUGAGUCUGAUUCACUCACUGUGAUUCAAGGUUAUGAGUGUUUCCUCUUUCCUUUUCUACUAACAUGGUCUACUUCUGUCCAGAAGAAAGGCCCCCUGUGUGUUUGUGAGAGCCCCCUUUGUUCUGUUGCAGUUUAGCAUCACUGUGGUAGAUCCCCCAGUUUUGCUAAAUUAGUGUUGACCCUCAACAUUUGGCCAUUCUGUGGGAGCUUCACAAUCUGUCUGGUCCAGCGCUGCUCCUCGCGUUUUAGUAGAAAUGUCUCAAUGUAAUCAGAGGGAGGAAUUGGUCCGACCUUCAGUUUGUGUUUCAGCGUGUUCUACCUCACAAUGCGUUUCCACUACGCAUUGUGGUUUUUGUAGUGUUGUGCCGUGACUCAUUUGGUUCUGGUGUAUUGUGGUGCACAUCUUAAAUUUCCGUAGGUCCCACACAAACCCCCUGGUUCACUUUACUUCUUCUCUCCCACACAGAUAAAUUUUUUACACCUCAUCAAAGACGUCUCCUGCCGGCUGAGCAGCAUCUGUCUGCUCUCUCCAGCCUUCUCUCCAUUUUCCCUUCCCUCUUUGUCUUUGCUUUCCUUUCCUCCUCAUGUUUUCUUCCUCAUGUCAAAGUUAAUUGCAUCACAUCUCUUGUACAGAAUCCUAGAAUCUUUCUGCAUUGUGUAAAAAAUAAACACCCUUCCUUCUA